CCGCCCAGCCCCCGGGCCCUGCCGCGCCUCUCCUGGAUCGACACCCUCUACAGCAACUUCAGCUACGGGGCAGACGACUACGACGCAGAGGGGAAUGAGGAGCAGAAGGGGCCCCCCGAGGGCUCAGAGACCAUGCCGUACAUCGACGAGUCGCCCACCAUGUCACCCCAGCUCAGCGCCCGCAGCCAGGGCGGCGGGGACAACAUCUCCCCCACCCCACCGGAGGGACUGGCACCUGGGGUGGAAGCAGGAAAAGGCCUGGAGAUGAGGAAGCUGGUUCUCUCGGGGUUCCUGGCCAGUGAAGAGAUCUACAUUAACCAGCUGGAAGCCCUGCUGCUGCCCAUGAAACCCCUGAAGGCCACAGCCACCACCUCCCAGCCCGUGCUCACCAUCCAGCAGAUCGAGACCAUCUUCUACAAGAUCCAGGACAUCUACGAGAUCCACAAGGAGUUCUACGACAACCUCUGCCCCAAGGUGCAGCAGUGGGACAGUCAGGUCACCAUGGGCCACCUCUUCCAGAAGCUGGCCAGCCAGCUUGGCGUGUACAAAGCUUUUGUGGAUAACUAUAAAGUCGCUCUGGAGACAGCCGAGAAGUGCAGCCAGUCCAACAACCAGUUCCAGAAGAUCUCAGAGGAACUCAAAGUGAAAGGUCCCAAGGACUCCAAGGACAGCCACACGUCCGUCACCAUGGAAGCUCUGCUCUACAAGCCCAUCGACCGAGUCACCCGGAGCACCCUGGUCCUGCACGACCUGCUGAAGCACACCCCUGUGGACCACCCAGACUACCCCCUGCUACAGGACGCCCUCCGCAUCUCCCAGAACUUCCUGUCCAGCAUCAAUGAGGACAUCGACCCCCGCCGGACUGCCGUCACAACCCCCAAGGGGGAGACACGGCAGCUGGUGAAGGACGGCUUCCUGGUGGAAGUGUCGGAGAGCUCGCGAAAGCUGCGGCACGUCUUCCUCUUUACAGACGUCCUACUGUGCGCCAAGCUGAAGAAGACCUCCGCAGGGAAGCACCAACAAUAUGACUGUAAGUGGUACAUCCCGUUGGCCGACUUAGUGUUUCCAUCCCCCGAGGAGUCUGAAGCCAGCCCCCAGGUGCACCCCUUCCCAGACCACGAGCUGGAAGAUAUGAAAAUGAAGAUCUCUGCACUCAAGAGUGAGAUCCAGAAGGAGAAAGCCAACAAAGGGCAGAGCCGGGCCAUCGAGCGCCUGAAAAAGAAGAUGUUUGAGAACGAGUUCUUGCUGCUGCUCAACUCCCCAACAAUCCCGUUUCGGAUCCACAAUCGGAAUGGAAAGAGCUACCUGUUCCUACUAUCCUCGGACUACGAGAGGUCAGAGUGGAGAGAAGCCAUUCAGAAACUGCAGAAGAAGGAUCUCCAGGCCUUUGUCCUGAGCUCAGUGGAGCUCCAGGUGCUCACAGGAUCCUGUUUUAAGCUUAGGACUGUACACAACAUUCCUGUCACCAGCAAUAAAGACGAUGAUGAGUCUCCAGGACUCUAUGGCUUCCUCCACGUUAUUGUCCACUCUGCCAAGGGAUUUAAACAAUCAGCCAACCUGUACUGUACCCUGGAGGUGGAUUCCUUUGGCUAUUUUGUCAGCAAAGCUAAAACCAGGGUGUUCCGGGACACGACAGAGCCCAAGUGGGAUGAGGAGUUCGAGAUUGAGCUGGAGGGCUCGCAGUCCCUGCGGAUCCUGUGCUAUGAGAAGUGCUACGACAAGACCAAGGUCAACAAGGACAACAACGAGAUCGUGGACAAGAUCAUGGGCAAAGGGCAGAUCCAGCUGGAUCCACAAACCGUAGAAACCAAGAACUGGCACACAGACGUGAUCGAGAUGAAUGGGAUCAAAGUGGAAUUCUCCAUGAAAUUCACCAGCCGAGACAUGAGCCUGAAGAGGACCCCGUCCAAAAAGCAGACUGGCGUCUUUGGUGUGAAGAUCAGCGUGGUGACUAAGAGGGAGCGCUCCAAGGUGCCCUACAUCGUGCGGCAGUGUGUGGAGGAGGUGGAGAAGAGGGGCAUCGAGGAGGUGGGCAUCUACCGGAUAUCAGGGGUGGCCACCGACAUCCAGGCGCUGAAGGCCGUCUUUGACGCCAACAACAAGGACAUCCUGCUGAUGCUGAGUGACAUGGACAUCAACGCCAUCGCUGGCACCCUUAAGCUGUACUUCCGGGAACUGCCCGAGCCCCUCCUCACAGACCGACUCUACCCAGCCUUCAUGGAGGGCAUUGCCCUGUCAGACCCUGCUGCCAAGGAAAACUGCAUGAUGCACCUACUCCGCUCCCUGCCCGACCCCAACCUCAUCACCUUCCUCUUCCUGCUGGAACACUUGAAAAGGGUUGCUGAGAAGGAGCCCAUCAACAAAAUGUCACUCCACAACUUGGCUACCGUGUUCGGCCCCACGUUACUGAGACCCUCGGAAGUGGAAAGCAAAGCACACCUCACGUCAGCUGCCGACAUCUGGUCCCAUGAUGUCAUGGCACAGGUCCAGGUCCUCCUCUACUACCUGCAGCACCCUCCAAUCUCCUUCGCAGAACUGAAGCGGAACACACUGUACUUUUCCACCGACGUGUAA